AACUGCUCAGCGCAAACGUAACCUAUAAAUAAAGGAUCUUCACUCCAAUUUUUCUUUGCACUAUUAUACAAACACUUUCCUUUUCUUUGAAUCUCUUUGACUUUUUGAUUCACCGAUUGAAGUCCUUAUAGUUUUACUGCGCAUCUGGAUCCCAAUUCUACUCUCUACUCAGUAUUAUGGCUGUUAUAACAACAACAAGGAGGACUGAACUUUUGGGUCGAACAACAUCCCCAACAUGUAAGUACUGGCUAGCUGGGAGAUGCAACAGAAAUCCUUGUAGAUUUUUGCAUAAGUUACCAACCUUGUCAUCCAAUGUAUACUAUAAGCAUUCAAAGAAGCCCCAUUCUUGUGUUGAGAAGAUGAGAAGUUCCUCUGUUAAGAAGCCAACAAAUUGCGCACCAAAGGCCGUCAAGAAACCAGCAAAUUGUGCGCUGAAGUCUGUUGUGUCUGCUGAGAAGCCAACCAAAUGUGAACAAAAGGGUGUAGUGAUUGAAAAGAUUGAAAAUGUGGAAGAUGUGGCCGCUCUUGCUAUGGCUUCUGUGGAGAAAUCACGCAGUAUUUGUAAAUAUUGGAUGACUGACAAUUGUGUGCAUGGUGACCUGUGUCAGAAUUUGCAUUCAUGGUUUUAUGGUGAUGGGUUUACCACACUUGCAAAGCUUUAUGAACACAAGAAGGUUGUCACUGGGAUUGCACUGCCAUCUGGUUCAGACAAACUUUAUUCUGGCAGUACUGAUGGCACAGUUCGCGCUUGGGACUGCAACACCGGCCAUUGUGUUAAUACGAUAAGUGUUGAUUCUGAAGUCACCUCAUUGAUAUCUGAGGGCCAAUGGAUUUUUGCUGGCAUAAAGAAUGCUGUGAAGGCAUGGAAUAUUCAGACUGGUGCAAAUGUUACUCUUGAUGGACCUAAAGGGCAAGUCCUUUCCUUGAAUGUUGGCAAUGAUAUCCUCCUUGCUGGAGCAGAGGAUGGUGUUAUUUAUGCUUGGAGAUGCAACUCUGAACCCAAAGCUGAGUCUCCUUUCAAACUGGUUGCAACACUAAGUGGCCAUACUAAACCUGUAGUUUGUCUUGCUAUUGGAUGCCACAAGAUGCUGUAUUCUGGGUCCAUGGACCAUAGCAUUAAGGUUUGGGACCUUGAUACAUUACAGUGCACGAUGACACUUAACGGACAUACUGACAUAGUCACAUCACUUAUUUGUUGGGAUAAUUAUCUAUUAUCUGGUUCAUCUGAUUGCACGGUCAAUGUGUGGGUGUGCACUGAGGAGGGAACUCUAAAAGUGGCAUACACUCACAUGGUCGAAAAUGCUGUUCUUGGACUGUAUGGGAUGUCUGAUGUAGACGCCAAGCCAAUAUUGUUCUGCUCGUGCAAAGACAAUUCAGUUCGUAUGUAUGAAUUGCCUACGAUUUUAGAGAGAGGUCGACUAUUUACCAAACAAGAAGUUCGAUCCUUUGAGAUAGGCCCUAAUGGACUUUUCUUCACCGGAGAUGGGAGUGGUUUGUUAAAUGUGUGGAAAUGGUUGGAAGAGCCCAAGGUGCCAACCUCCUGAGCUACAACAACAAAAGGUUUUUGGAUGAAGAAAGUCUACAAGAUCAUUGGUUGGAUCAUGUUCUAUCUGUGAUAUAAUAGGGGGAAUUUUGCAUGUAUAAUACCUAUGAUAUGAGAAAAUAGUGAUGUUUGUGUUUCAAUUUGUUAUGCGGUGUAU